AUGACGGACAUCCACGGGCCCCGCCCAUCGGAGCCGGCCGGCAACGGUGUCACGGAACACAGCCACGAGUCGACCCCGCUUCUCCCUACCACCGCGUUCCGAACUGUCCAUCAGACCAUCUCAAGCCGCAUUGCCCACGAAGGCGAAAGCGGAAGAAGCGGUUUUCAUCUCCGACACUUCCUGAUUGUGCUGUGGCGGAGUUCGUGCACCGCUUCAAUGCUGGUCAACUUCCUGUGGCCCAUCGUACCAAUCGCCAUCGUUCUCAACUGCCUCCCUGGACUUCACCUAUGGAAAUUCGCAACAGCAUACGUGGCCGUGGUGCCCUCGGCAAAUCUCUUGGGCUUUGCUGGACAGGAAUUCGCCCGAAAGAUGCCCAAAGUAGCUGGUAUUUUGAUCGAGACUACGUUCGGGUCCAUCGUUGAGAUAAUUCUCUUUGUGGUUCUUAUCGUCAAGCACAAUACUCACGAAGGGAACGGAGAUGAGGGAAACUUAAUACCCAUCAUCCAGGCUGCCAUCCUCGGAAGGACUGGGCUCCUCUUGGUUGCCGCGUUUGGACUUUUGAUUCCAAGCGCGUUUUACUCAGCUCUUAAGGCUGAGACAUGGCCGGAACUCCCAGGUCUCCGGGUGACGUUCCAUGAAAAGUUCACGGAAGGCACCCUUCAAGCUGAUGUUUUGCGCAUUAGCCAAGCCACUUCAAUUGCCUUGAUCGUGGCCUUCUUUCUCUACAUCUGGUAUCAAGCCAGCAGCCAGCACAGCAUAUUCGACGAGGUAAUUGAGAUGGAUGAGCACCGGGAUGCCGACCGUGAGGAGGACAUGGAGAAGCCCAAGUUCACCAUGACAGAAACGGCACUGGCUCUCACAAUCUCACUUGUGUUAGUGACACUGCUCCUCAUUUUCCUCGUUGAAGGCAUUGAAGAGGUCGUAGAAAGUGGGAUACCCGACCAAUUCUUAGGUUUGAUUCUCCUCCCGUUGGUUGAGAAGGCCGCCGAACACUUAACUGCCAUCGAUGAAGCUUGGGAUGGGGUUAUCAACGUGGCGCUCUAUCAUUGUCUCGCGCCAUCAAUCCAAACAGCUCUUUUCAACGGCCCCUUGGUUGUCCUUGUUGGCUGGGCAUUGGGCAAGCCGAUGGACCUGAAUUUCGAAAUAUUCAUGAUCGGCUUGCUUGUUCUUUCCAUUCUGGUUGUGGGCAACUUUUUGCGGGACGGAGAAUCAAAUUGGCUGGAAGGAGCUUUGCUCGUGGUCGUCUACGUGAUUAUCGCGAUUGCAUGCUGGUAUUAUCCGAACCCUGACGUGGCCACUUCCAAUGGCCUGGUGGGUUCAAAGAUGGUGAACAUCACUAUGACCGUUGACACUCUCCGGCAAAUCCAGCAACUCCUGACGACGAAGCUUGAGAACUGA